UAAUUUGUUAACAGCUGGCCAAUUGGGAAUCAGCUCUCUUCCAACACGUCGCCAAUGGCACAAGUCUCUCACUUCUGUUUUGCUCUCCUUCUUCCUCCUUCAGCUUCCUCUGCUCCUUUUCGUCUGCAACUUCACCGACGAAUUUCUUCUCCGUCUUUUCAAAUUCGACCUGUUUCUGCCUCUUCGUCUUCUACUUCAAUUUCCGGUUCGAAGCCGAAAGUCGUCGUCACAAGAGAACGAGGCAAAAACGGCAAGCUCAUUAAAGCUCUGGCCAAGCUUGGUAUCAAUUGCCUGGAGCUUCCUUUAAUUCAGCACACUCAGGGACCUGAUUUUGAUAGACUCCCUUCUGUAUUGAGUACAGAAGCUUCAUUUGACUGGAUUGUCAUAACUUCCCCUGAAGCAGGCUCAGUAUUUCUGGAGGCAUGGAAGGCAGCUGGAACCCCAAAGGUUAAGGUAGGGGUUGUAGGAGCAGGUACCGCAAGCAUUUUUAAUGAAGUAAUGCAGUCAUCAGGGCGAUCUCUUGAUAUUUCCUUUGCACCAUCUAAAGCAACAGGCAAGGCGUUGGCAUCAGAACUCCCAAAGAGUGAGGACGAAAGAUGUACCGUCUUGUAUCCAGCUUCUGCCAAAGCAAGUAAUGAGAUUGAGGAAGGCCUGUUUAAUCGUGGAUUUGAGGUUAUGAGAUUAAAUACAUAUACAACCGUACCAGUUGACCAUGUUAACCAAAUGGAGCUGAAGAAGGCACUUCUUUGCCCGGUCGUUGCAGUUGCUUCUCCAUCUUCAGUUCGUGCCUGGGUCAAUCUUAUUUCAGAAUCAGAGAAGUGGAAUAAUUCAGUGGCCUGUAUUGGUGAGACAACUGCUUCAGCUGCAAAAAGCUUGGGAUUGAAAAAUGUGUACUUUCCAACUCAUCCAGGUCUUGAAGGGUGGGUAGGGAGCAUCCUUGAAGCAUUGAGUGCACAUGAUAACUCCUAGAAGUUAGAAGUGUUUUUCAGGUUAAUUGAAUUAUAUUCUUUAGUUUCCUGCAAGUCCUCGGCAUAUAAGGUAUAAGAAGAUUGAUGCGUUUCCUAAAAUGCCAAGGCCUGCAAAAGCUGGUAGCAAAGCAUAAUGAAAUUAUUUAUUCAAGCUGCAAGCAAAAAGGGGGCAAAAUGUUUUGUUUUUUCGGGAGAGAUCCAAGUCCAGUUGUCAGAGCUAUAGUUUGAAGACCAUUGAGGUUUUUGCUGUAAACAAAGCUAUUGAAAUGAUAUUGCCAGCAAGGGAGCCUCUCAAUUUGUGUAUACAUUUUUUUUAUGAAAAAAAUUCAUUACAUCAAUCAGUAGAUGUUCACUAACACUGGAAUGGAAUAUUACCACUUCUUGAUCUUCUGACAACGAGUGGAAAAUUUUAUUAGGUUAGUCUAUCUGUAUCUUUGUAUUAUAGCCAUUGAACACUUGAAACUUCUGGAGAUUUAAAACUUGAAAAGCUUUCACACUUAUGUUUAUAUUACCUGUUAUAUUUUAAAAUGUGUACAUCUUAAAUUUC